CCUUCGGCCCAGCAGCCGCCUUCCCCGCACGACGGACUUUGCCCGGACCCCAGGCAUCUGGGGCCUCUGGAGCCCCUCAGCCCCGGACCCUACGGCCUCUGCACAGCCUCUUUCACUCAAAAGCUCAGGUCGCCUCCAGCCCAGGUAGAUUUUGGACAAUCCCGGAUUUAGCCGCCCACAGACGAGUCUCCUGGCUGCCUCCUCACUGGCAGCACACUGCCCUCAUCUCCCCCCAAGCCAGUUCCCCUUUUAACUUCUUCAUCCUGGCCCCCUCUAGCCAGGUACUUUUGUUCCCUUUGUCUUUUGUCCUCCACUUUAGGGAUGCCUGCUGUGGGCACCACUCCUUUGUCCGGUGUGUCCUUGCUUAGCUCUCCCACUCCCAUUCUUGCCCCAUUCUGGUGGAGGCCCAGGGCUCCUCCUUGACUCCAGCUUCCUCUCUGUCAGGCUGACCUGGGAGGGUGAGUCCCUUUCGUUCCUAGCACUAUGCCAGGCACUGUGGCGACACUACGGUUCCAGCUGCUGCCCCCUGAGCCAGAUGAUGCCUUUUGGGGUGCACCCUGUGAACAGCCCCUGGAGCGCAGGUUACCGCUGCUUCAAGGCAGUGCUCUUCCUCACUGGGUUGCUGUUUGGCUCAGUGGUCAUCUUCCUGCUGUGCUACCGAGAGCGGGUGCUGGAGACACAGCUGAGUGCCGGGGCGAGCGCCGGCAUCGCGCUGGGCAUCGGGCUGCUGUGCGGGCUGGUGGCCAUGCUGGUGCGCAGCGUGGGCCUCUUCCUGGUGGGGCUGCUGCUCGGCCUGCUGCUCGCCGCUGCCGCCCUGCUGGGCUCCGCGCCCUACUACCAGCCCGGCUCCGUGUGGGGCCCCCUGGGGCUGCUGCUGGGGGGCGGCCUGCUCUGCGCCCUGCUCACGCUGCGCUGGCCCCGCCCUCUCACCACUCUGGCCACGGCUGUGACUGGGGCCGCACUCAUCGCCACCGCCGCGGACUACUUUGCUGAGCUGCUGCUGCUGGGGCGCUACGCCGUGGAGCGGCUGCGGGCCGCCCCUGUGCCUCCCCUCUGCUGGCGGAGCUGGGCCCUGCUGGCGCUUUGGCCCCUGCUCAGCCUGAUGGGUGUUCUGGUGCAGUGGAGGGUGACGGCCGAGGGGGACUCCCACACGGAAGUGGUCAUCAGCCGGCAGCGACGCCGGGUGCAGCUGAUGCGGAUAAGGCAGCAGGAAGAGCGCAAGGAGAAGCGGCGCAAGAAGAGACCCCCGAGGGCUCCCUCCAGAGGCCCCCGGGCCCCUCCAAGGCCCGGACCUCCUGACCCUGCGUAUCGGCGCAGGCCAGUGCCCAUCAAACGCUUCAAUGGAGAUGUCCUCUCCCCGAGCUACAUCCAGAGCUUCCGGGACCGGCAGACAGGGAGCUCGCUGAGCUCCUUCAUGGCCUCACCCACGGACACGGACUAUGAAUACGGGUCCCGGGGACCACUGACUGCCUGUGUAGGGCCCCCCGUGCGGGUAUAGCAGUACAGCUGCUCCUGCCCGCCAGGACUCUGUGCUCACCAGCUCUGUUAGCUUGGGGUGGCCUGCUGGUCCACCACCCGGCCCUCCCGGCCCUGUGGCCCGUGGCUGUCCCUCUCCCCUCCCUGGAGAAGACUGGCCUGGCUGCUGGAAGGGAGGACCUGUCUCAGGCCAGGCCUGGCCCGAGGGAAAGGCCCCUCCCAAGCUCCCAAGGGGCUCCUGGGGGACUCGGGGUGUGAGCCCCUUUGGGGUGUGCUCAGGGUUGUGAGUGUGUCACCUGUGUGUGCGUGUGCAUGGAAGGGUGGGCUUGGAGGGGACACUGGGACACUUGCCUUAGAUUUCUGAUUGGUAGGGCUUCUGCAAGGUUGGCCCCACCUCCUCUCCCACUGCUGGGGUCCCACGAGCCGCUCUCCCGCAUGUCUAAGUGGAGGAGGUCUGCCUUCUCCCAUUGCUCUGCCUCCUAACGAGAUUCAUCCGAGGCUUCUUGUCCUCGUCCACUGCAGCAGCCCUUACCCUGGUCCCCUGUCCUCUGUAAAGCCACUAGCCCGAGGGCAGUGGCAGGGGAUGGGGGUGGGGGGUGCUGCUUUGGGCUGGGCUGCGGAGGGGACCUCGGGGGAGGGGGCUUCAAUGCACGAUGCAUGUCUGGUGUCUGUCAUGCCACCCUGGACACCUCAUGCUUCUGUCUCCCUCUGCCCCACCCUGUUUUACAUCUUUUAUAAA